AUGAGUGAAAAAAAUUUCAUUAGUUCAAGACGUUCCAGUGAAAGUACUAGUUCAGUUGAUAGUGAAGUAAUUUUAGAAGCAGAACGCUUAGAAUUAGAACGUUUAGCUUUAAAAGAACUUGAAUUAGCAGUUUCUAAACCUGUAGCUUUUUCAGUUAGAACUAAUAUAAGUUUUGAUGGAGCCUUAUAUGGUUUGGAUGCACCAUCCCCGAGUAGAGUUGUUAGUUUUGGUAUUAAAGAUUUUCUACAUAUUAAAAAACGUUUCAAUCAAGAUUGGUGGAUUGGUCGUGUAGUUCGAAUAGGUAGUCCAAUUGGUUUUAUACCUAGUCCAUCUAAACUUGAAGUAAUCAAUAAUAUUAUCUUAUCAGCUAUCGCCACUGCUGCUAAUACUAAUGUGGUACACUUUGCCAAUGAAAUUCAAAAUCCGACAACUAAACCAGCCCCUGUUGGUGGAUUCGGAUCUGCCGACACAACGUUAGAACGUGGAGGAAAUCGUGGACUGUUGUUGUCUAGCGAUGUAGAUCAUCGUGGACCAACUUUAACUGCUAAUCGUCAAAGGCAAUCGGAAUCACCGCCAGUUCAUAAAAAUUGGAAAGAUGUUGAUGCAUAUGAUGAAGAUGAUUUACGUGAUACAACACAAACUGUAGAGGUACCAGGACAACCAACUGCCAAGAAACCCCAACCUGUUGGGCCUGGAGUUAAGAAGAGACCAUUCUCUAAAAAGAAUGAAUUUGUGCCUCCAUAUGAAAUUGUACCAUGUAUGCGCCCUGUUGUAUUUGUUGGUCCAGCUCUGAAAGGUUAUGAAGUGACAGAUAUGAUGCAGAAAGCAAUAUUUGAUGCAAUGAAAAAGCAUUUUGAUGGAAGAAUUAUUGUUAGUCGUGUCAGUACAAAUAUAUCAUUAGCUAAACGUGUUGGAGAAUUAUUACAUUUGGAUAAAAAGAAUAUUAUGGAAAAAGGACGUAGUCGACAGCUUGUCUCUCUAAUUGAAGUUCAACAAGAUUUAGAAAGAAUAUUUCAUUUGGGUAGUAAAAUGCAAUUACUUUUACUAGAUUGUGAUACAAUUAAUCAUCCAAAUCAAAUUACUAAAACAUGUUUAGCACCUAUUGUAAUUUAUAUAAAAAUUGCCAGUAUACGUGUAUUAAAUCGUCUAAUUAAAAAUCGUGGCAAAUUACAAAAAAAGAAUGCUGGUGUACAAACAGCCGCCGCUGAAAAACUAUUACAAUGUUCACCAGAAUCAUUCGAUUACGUAAUAGAUCAAAAUACUUUAUCCGCUGCAACAGAAGCAUUAAGUCAUUUCUUAGAAGGUUAUUGGGCAGCAACACAUCCUCCUUUAAUAGUUAGUAAAGCUGAACGUCUUCUUGGCUCAUUUUCUGCUCCAGUGCCUGAAACGAAAGAAGUUGAUUCAGAUCGCCCACUUGUGCCUAUGACACCUGGUCAUCCAGGGCUGAGUGUAGUUACCAAAUCUGCAUUAAGUGCAGGAUUUACUAGUCAAGAAAUUAGUGAAUUAACCGGAGCAAGAGCAACUGGUUGGUUAACAGAAAAUGGUGGACAAAUAGAAAAUGAACUUGGACUUACUGGUGUACAUCAUGCUGGUAGCGUUGGUAGUGAAUUUCAUAAUACACAUUUUGGUGGAAGAAAACUUAAGAUUGAUCAUAAUAAUAGUCCUGAUGGCCUUAACACAGGACAUUUUUCAGAUGAUGAAAAUGAAGGUUCACGUUCAAAUUAUCCUCGUAAUGUUCGAUUACAUGUGGGUGCUGCAAGUGCAGCAGCAAUUGCUGCUGUCGCCGCUGGACUUACACCUAAAGUUCACUCGUUACAUCCAUCAUUAUUUCAAGGUGAAAAUAAACGAAAUGGUUCCGUAAUUCGUGAUAUAAAUGGCAAUACUACACAUGAAGCACCUGGUCUAACUAUGGGUUUAGGAUUGGGCAUAGCGAAUGGGGUUGCAGCCACUAUCAGUGCUGCUCUAUUCCCGAGUCAUAAUAAUACUAGUCAUCAUCAGCAUCAUUCAGCAGAGACUCAUCAUCAACCAACAUCAAGAAUACCACCUCCAACAAUUGCUGCUGCAGCUGUAGCUUCUGUAGUUUCGCCACCAUUAAAAGACUUAGGUAUUCAUCAAGUGGAAGGAAGUGAUGGAACACAAGUCUAUCAAAGUAGAUCAGCCCGUCAAGCAAAACAACGUGAAGAACAAUUAGCACGAGUAAAACAAGAAGUUGAAGCUAAAGCUUUAGCAUUACAAGCUACUGCAGGUGGUCGACGAAAACGUCGAGAUAAAGAAAGAAGACAAAGAAAUCUUGAUGGUUAUUGGGAUUCACAUGACGAACGUUAUCAUACUCAUGGAACAAAUGAUUUAUCACAACAUUCUCAUCAAUGGAAUGGACCACCCGUCCGAUCUAUGGCAAGAGCAUGUCCACCUGACGAUUGAUUAAUUGAUUAUUUAUAUACUUAUUUAAUAAACUAACAACUUCAAUGACUGAUUCCUGUCUCUUUCUUUUUUUCUGAAAAUAUAUAAUGAAAUAUAAAUAUCCAAGUAAUCUGUAUGAUGAACUCAUCUAGCAAUUGAAUAGGUAGGUAGUAUAAUGAUAAUGAUGAUGAUGACUUACACAAAUUAUUCAUUCUAUUUAUAAGGUAAAGUACAAUACAGUAAUCAUUAUCGAUAUUAGAACAUUUCAACUAAAAUUUACGUAUCUGUUCAGGUUUUCUGAUGUAUUUACUUUUUUCCUGGAAAAGAAAUUCAU